AGCAGCGCGGCAGGCUUAUUAAUUCCUUGACCCGGCCUGUAGCUUGAUCCGUCAAGUUUGUUAUUCCGCCAGACCGCCACAUUCCGAACAUGGCCCCACCGUCGCACUGCUUCGUCACCGUCGACGUUGCAACCGACAAUGGCGCCCUCCCCGCGGCGCCGGUGAUGGUGGACGCGCCGCAGCAGAAGCUGCAGUGCCCCAACGUUCUCGACGCUGAGGAGUUCCGGCGCCAGGGCCAUCAGGUUAUCGACUUCAUCGCCGACUACUAUGGCCGCAUGAGCGACUACCCCGUGCACCCCAGCGUCACGCCCGGCUUCCUGCGCGACGUGCUUCCCACGGACGCGCCGCGCCGUCCAGGGCCCGACGCGUUCGGGUCGGCGCUGCAGGACGUCCGGAACCUGUUGCUGCCGGGAAUGACGCACUGGCAGAGCCCUCGCCACUUCGCGCACUUCCCGGCGUCAAGCAGCACCGUCGGCGCCCUCGGGGAGGCGCUCAUCGCCGGCAUCAAUGUCGUCCCCUUUACCUGGGCCGCCUCGCCGGCUGCCACGGAGCUCGAGAUGGUAGUCGUGGACUGGCUCGGCAAGGCGCUGCACUUGCCAGAGAGCCUUUUGUUUGCAGGAGGCGGCGGGGGUACGUUUCUGGGCACGACCUGCGAGGCCAUACUGUGCGCCCUCGUCUCCGCGAGGGACCAGAAGCUGGCGGAGAUCGGAGGGAACAGGAUCGGCGACCUCGUCGUCUACUGCUCCGACCAGACCCACUUCUCCUUCCGCAAGGCUGCGCGCAUCGCCGGGAUCCAGCGCGACCACUGCCGCGAGGUACAGACGUACCAUGGAGACAUGUUCGCGCUCUCGCCCACGGAGCUGCAAGCCGCCAUGCAGGCUGACGUUGACGCCGGCCUGGUCCCGCUGUUCUUAUGUGCCACUGUUGGGACCACCCAGACGACCGCCGUUGACCCUGUCGGUGAGCUCUGCGCCGUCGCCGCAUCUCACGGCGUCUGGGUACACGUGGACGCCGCCUACGCCGGCUCCGCGCUGGUGUGCCCGGAGUUCCGCCACGUGAUCGACGGCCUGGAGUUCGUGGACUCGUUCAGCAUGAACCCCCACAAGUGGCUCCUCGCCAACAACGACUGCUGCGCCAUGUGGGUGAAGAAGCCGUGCGCGCUGGUGGCGGCGCUGGGCACGGAGCAGGAGUACAUCCUCAAGGACGCGGCGGCGGAGGAGCACGGCGUGGUGGACUACAAGGACUGGACCAUCACCCUCACUCGCCGCUUCCGGGCGCUCAAGAUCUGGCUAGUGCUCCGCUGCUACGGCGUCGACGGCCUGCGCGACCACAUCCGCUCGCACCUGCGCAUGGCCGAGGCGUUCGAGGGCAUGGUGAGAGCCGACGCGAGGUUCGAGGUGGUGACCGAGAGGCACUUCGCGUUGGUGUGCUUCCGCCUCAGGUCUCCGGAGAAGCUCGGCGGCGAGAAGACGGCCAACCAGCUUAACCGGAGACUGCUUGAGGAGGUGAACGCGGCCACCUCGGGCCCCUACAUGAGCUCCGCAAACGUCGGCGGCAUCUACAUGCUCAGGUGCGCCAUCGGAAGCACGCUCACGGAGGAGCGGCAUGUAAACGACGCGUGGAAGGUCGUCCAGGAUCGGGCAUCAGCAAUCCUUCGUAAAAUGGAAAUUAUCUACAGCGUGCUUGGUUAAUUAAGCUGAUCAAUAUGUUUCUCAAAGUAGUAUACUCUAGUAAGUACUCCUGCAUCUGAAUUAGGUCGGCCCCAGCAAUCUGGUCUCCUUCAUCUGCAUCUGAAUUAGUAUGUUCACUAAAGAUCAGUACGACUGUACUUGUUUUACUCGCUCCGUUAAUCCGGUCACAUUUUCGUCCGUUGAGUUCUCAAACUAAGGUAUGUAUGGGAACAUAAUCCCGAUCGACCAUUUCAACAACUAUUCUGUGGAGUUUUAGUCAUA